AUGGCUACACCGAGCCAUGCACUUCUGAAGCUUUUUACUUCAGACGCGGAGAGCUCCCACAUGAGCUUUGAUCCCUCGCUACCUUCGCCUCCCGAGUCUAAUACCUCUUACUCUUCUUCCGCGAUGCUUUCGCGAGUCGACUCUGGCUCCUCAGGCAUGGCCUACCGGAGCAACCUCAAUCCAGAGUCUGCUGUGUGGACUCCCGCCGGCUGGGGAGACUUUUCUUCUGCCACUUCUAAGAGUGCCAACACCACAACGAGCUCAACCGACGAUUUUGCACAAGAGCUUCUGUCGCAGGCAAUUGCCCAAGGCUCGGCCUCUUCCGCAGGAACACCAUAG